CCUUUCCCCUCCAUAAAAAAUGAUAGCCUCGUCGGCGAUAAGAAAAGUGCGCUAAGCCGCUAUCGGCUAUCUCCGACGCGAGGAAGGCUGAGCCCAGCGUGAGAACGGAUAUCAAUCAGAGACAAACUGAAAGCGCUAAAACUCCCAACUCCUCAAUACAUCUGGAACUUCACUUAGAGACAACAGCAACUUAGGCCCAGAAAGAAAUCUGCAAUCUCUUUCCUACAUUGGGGCAGGCAAGUUUGGCUUACCAGUCACUAAAUAUAGCCUUGAGAAGUCGGUGAGUUACCCCUCCAUCAUCCCGCCUGCCUUGAAUACACAGAAGGUUGACUGACAUGCGGCAUAUCUAGAAAGACACAAACACCCCAAAUAAAUUUCAAUCCCAAUCCUAACGGACUCCUGAAAGAAUACCAGGAGGCAAGGUGUAGAAAUAAAAAAUGGCAGAUCCCCGCGACAAAGGCCGAGAGCUGAACGAGGAAGAGGUACGUAACAACCUUAAUCCCCAAGUUUUAGUAUUCGAUGUGCCCUUCCCCUCAUAGUUAUACGCUUGUUUUGUUUCCUCAAGAAUACGAACUAAACUGUGUAAAUAGGGUGCCUCACCAUCCGAGCAAUUAAUCGCUGCGUGCCGCGGAAACAACACAGAACUCCUCCAAGAAAUAAUAGCCAACGUCGGUUCUGAAGAGAAAGCCGCUCUUCUACUGAACGAUACCAAAACCGUAUUGGGAAACCAUUUAUACCAUGAAGCAGCAUCGAGAGGAAAUUGUUCGUUGCUCCUUUCCUACUCCAUCUUUUUCUGUAGAAUACCUUGGUAUCCAAGUACUAAAACCAUAGCAUAGAUGAAGUAAUAGACAUCCUCCUCGACCAAGAAGGUUUCGAAUGCGACCCCAUUUCCACCCGCGAAGGCGACACCCCCUUGCACUCCGCAAUCCGCUACAUCAAUUCCCUCCCCCACCCCCUCUCAGAACACAACUCGGAAUUUGCGUCCUCGCUCCUGGGCAUGAUGCUAGAAGCCGGUUCUGAUCCACGGAUACGUAAUAAAGGCGGUCUGACGGCGACGCAACUAUGUGAUCCUAGUGAUGUGGAGAUCAAGAGGCUAUUGCAGGAUGCCCUGGAGGUGGAACAGAAUGAUGGUGAUUUCAUUGUUGAUGAGGGGGAUUUGGCGAGUGGGGGUGAGGAGGAUGUGGGUAGUGCUAGCGAUAGUGAUUCUGAUCCUGAGGAGUAUCAGAGGGAGAAAGAGGGGAGAGAGAAGGCUAGGAAAGGAGGGGAGUAGUAAUUGAUGUAGAGGGUGGGUGGAUAAACAAUUUCAUGGGCUUUUGUGAGUGUUGUCUGGUUUCUUUUUUGGUUAGAUGAGACAAAGGUUUUAGAGGAAACUUUUUCAAAAAUGCUCUGCUUGCAAAUUUUGAGAUGUACGUUGCAUUUGUUUUUUUCUUUUCGAGGUUUGAGCUGGCUAUCAGUCAUAGCUUCCAGUGACUACUAUGGGAAUAUGGAAAUAAAAGUGUGGAUUAAGGUUGCAAGGCGAGGUAGAUCUGUUUUUCUGCUGCUACACCUUAUGGGCACUCAUACACUGGAUAAUUAUUGAAAAUCUAGUCAACUGUUUGGUCUUUUCCUCCUCUUCUGAUAGUUGGUUCUCCUAGUACUUAAACAGAUACAUACCAUCUCAUCAUUGCGGGGGUGGUUGG